AUGCUGUCACGCAGUCCGGGUGACGACCGGCGCUUCUGCGAUUCCGGGUCGCAAAGUGAAAAGUCAGCUACCGGCCACACGAUUGUGAAUGAUCAGGCAUGGUGUGGAAAAUUAGCUACUGGUCAUCAGAAACUCCAGAUGAGAAACACCGUAAACAUUGGCGUAGCCAUUUUGAUAUCAGCCAGAAUCCAUAAAUCCGUCAUAGAAUUUAGAGCUGUAAACGACAGAAUAGUUCUCCUUAGACUAGACGGCAAACCUCAUAAAUUCAACAUCAUUCAAAUAUAUGCACCGACAGCAACGGCAGAGGACAAUGAAAUAGAAGAAUUCUACAAUAAAUUAGAACUUACCAUCAGGAAUAUACCAAACAAAGAAUUGACAUUAAUUUGCGGCGACUUCAACGCAAAAGUUGGGAACAACAAAAUGAAUGAUGAUCUAAAAAAUAUCCUUGGAAAAUACAGCUUGGGAGAGAGGAAUGAAAGAGGAGACGGUUUAAUCGAAUUUGCCAUCAAUAACAGCUAUUCUAUAAUGAACACUAAAUUUAAACACCACAUUCGCAGAGUCUAUACUUGGAGAAGCCCUGGAGACAGAACACGGAAUCAAAUAGACUACAUAUUGACCAACCCGCUGGAAAUCCUCCAUUCAAACAGCACGUACACUACCAGGGGCAAUAUGUGGAUCAGACCAUCAGCUCCUAUUUGCCAAAAUAAAACUCAAACUCAAAACACCCUUCAACCACAUAACACCAACAAGAUUAAUAAAAAGAAACAGCGAAGAAAUUCUCCACAGAACCCAGGCUUUCCUGACUACCUCAACAGAAAAUACAACAGCCCAAGAUAUAUGGGAAGCUUUCAAAAAAUGCACAACAACUGCAACAGGAUCAUCGAAGACAGAAGACUUCUCCACCGGAAAGGCAUACACACAGAAGAAGAGAAAGAAGAACUAAAAUACCUGAAUAAGGCAAUAAAGCAAGGAGCAAGAAGAGACAAACAACAAUUUUACUCUGAUAUAUGCAAAGAGAUCGAGGGACACAGUCUAAAUAACCAACCAAGAGACCUCUUCAAAAAAAUAAAAUAUAUUACCAGGGACUUUAAAGCCAGAAAUUGGGCAAUCGAAGAUCAAAAUGGAACUUUAAGAACCAAAAAAGAAGACAUUAUUGAGGUGUGGAGAUCAUAUUGCGAAGAUUUAUACAAAGACAGUGAAGAAUAUAACUAUGUCGACCACCACGAAAAUUUAGAGAAAGAACCGGACAUCCUUAAAAGUGAAGUUGAAUUGGCCAUAAACAAAUUAAAAUACCAUAAAGCACCAGAUUCAGACCUAAUGACAGCAGAAAUAAUAAAAGCCGUUAAAGAACCUGGAUUAGAAAUGCUUCAUCUGAUCUGUAAUAAAAUAUGGCACACAGGAGAAUGGCCCGACGACUGGACACACUCCACCAUUGUCACUCUCCACAAGAAAGGGAGCAUACAUAAGUGCAGUAUCGUACAAUUUCCCUAA